AUGGGUCGCCUUAUUUUCUUUCUCAUAAUUCUAACCUUCUUUACAUUAUCUUUCCUCUCAGAGGUACAGUCGACAUCGUUCAAGAUUGUAAACAAGUGUCGUCACACAAUAUGGCCGGGAUUACUCUCAGGCGCCACCUCGCCGCCGCUUCCCACCACCGGAUUCGCUCUUAAGAGUGGAGAGUCAAGGACUGUUAAAAUCCCGAAAGCUUGGUCGGGUCGGUUAUGGGCACGGACUCUCUGCGGCCAUGGCUCCGACGGGAAAUUCUCGUGUGUCACCGCUGACUGUGGUUCUGGUAAAGUAGAGUGCGCUGGCGGUGGGGCUAAACCUCCGGCAUCAUUGGCGGAGUUCACCUUGAACGGAGCCGACGGGUUGGAUUUCUACGACGUGAGUUUGGUCGACGGUUAUAAUCUUCCGAUGCUGAUCGUGGCUAAAGGAGGGACUAAGGGAGGAUGCAGCCCUACUGGUUGUCUUGUUGAUCUUAACGGAGGUUGCCCCGCGGAUCUUAAGGUGGCGCGUGGUGAUGGAAGUGGUGAUAACGUUGCGUGUAGAAGCGCGUGUGAAGCUUUUGCGGACCCUCGUUAUUGUUGUAGUGAGGCGUACUCCACGCCUGACACGUGUGCUCCUUCGGAAUACUCGCAGUUUUUUAAGCAUGCAUGCCCACGCUCAUAUAGCUACGCGUAUGAUGAUAAGACUAGCACAUUCACGUGUGCCUCCGCUAACUAUUUGAUCAUUUUUUGCCCCUUACCUUAUACAAGCCAAAAAGUGUUGGGAGCACGGCAAGACGGGGCGCAGCUUCCUCUUGUAAACAAAACUAUGAUGUAUUUAAAAAGGCAACAUUCUGGUGGUUCUUCGUCAACAGGUCUAAUCCAAACGCAGAUUAUAGCUUAUGUUGCAUCUAUCACUCUGGCAUUUUUUCUGUCAUGCUCUCAUAAUUAA